GAUUUUGUUGAUAAUGUUCGACAUUCGACGGAGAAUCAAGAAAAACAACAAUCAGUAGACGAUUAUAUUGAUUUGAAUGUUUUAAAAGAUAUUUUUGAUGAAUCUAUUGAUGAUCUAAAACGAUUGAGCUGUCUUAAUUCCAAUCAAAAAUACAAUGGUAAAGAGGUAGAAGAAUUGUUGAAUUUUCUCAAAACACCAUUCCUUUUACGGAUUUCUAUGAAUUUAAAGGAUUUAUUUCCUUCAAAAAACAACAUUGACACUGUUAAGCCAUCGUUUGCAUCUACUUCUGCCGCCGUUCGUAUUGAUAAUUCUGAUAAAAAACAACAAAAAUCAUGGGACCCCGGUGAGCCAUGUUGCUCAAGUUCGAUUGAUAAACAAAAUCCCAACAUAUCUGAUGGUGAUCCGAUUGAAUUUGAUGUUGAUGAGAUUCUUGAUCAACACUCUCCAAACGAUAUAGAUGAUGGAUUCCUAACCGAAAAUGAUUCUGAAUGCGAUAAGGAUUCUGAACCAAAUUUUACACAGAUAUCUUCUCCAGAGAAUUCGACUGAAAUAUUGCCUAAAAAAUCACCAGAUUUACCUUCUACACACAUUCCAAAUCUAGAUAAAUUGCUGAGUAAAAAUGAAUCAGUCGAAAAUGAUGAAACAGAUCAUUCAAAUGAUGAGGUUGUUGGCGAAUCAAAAUCCGAAAUCAUUCAUUCCACCAAAAUUUUUGAUGAUGAGAAUGAAGCUGAUGAUGACAACAAUGAACUUCAUCACAACUGUGAUCUCAAUCAAAAUGAGAUUUCUCGUAUUUUCGAUGCUGAAGGCAAAAUACCGGAACAACUGACCACAGAAAUAGAUGAAGUUGAGAAUCUAUUUCAUGAUGGUUUCAAUGAAAAAAAAGGUGAUAUUAAUGAAGAAGAAGAUAAUGAUAAUGAUGAUGAACAAUCAAUAGAAAAAUCCGAAGCAAAUAUGACAGUUUUUCUUUCUGUCGAAAGUAAAGAAGACAAAUCGAAUGAAAAAAAUGAAAAUGAAACUAAAAAAUUGACAGAGAUAGAUAAGCUAAUGAAAAAAUACAAUUCAUUCGAUUCAAGCGGUAGCAAUAAUGAUGAUGAUGAAGAUUUCCAAUCAAACAAUCUUUUAAAAAAACAAACAAACGGUAAAGCUAAACCUUUCGAAAAAGAUGUUGUUAAUGACGACGAGUUAGAUGAUGAUUUGAUGACCGAUGAAGAAUUUCCACCACCGCUUUCCGAUGAUGAUAUUGAUGAAGAAAUAUUAACGAUUAAGAGGAAAAAAAGAACAAUGAUUUCAACGGAUGACGAGGAAAAUGUUUCAACGGAAGGCGAACCCAAUGGGAAAUUUCCAAAACAAUCAUCUGAUCCUUUGGAAAAUGAUAACGAUAAAACAAAUCAGAUUUCAUUAUCAAAAAAUGAUUCUCAAUCAUCAAUUUCAACCGAAACAAAGAAAAAAAUUCGCAAACGUCGAAAAAGAAUAGUAAUCAAUGACGAUAGUUCAAUUAGUAAUGAUAGCAGUGACAUUGAUGAUAAUCCGGAUAAAGAUUCAACACGAAAAAAAAUUCGAAAAGUACUCAAAGAUGAAAAUCUUCGUGAUGAAACAAAAAAUGCCGAAAAAGCUGAACUUGAUCGCCGUAAACGUAUUGAAGAAAAACAAAAACUUUACAAUUCAAUUAAUGAAAAGAUUAUCGAUCCAAUCGGACAAAAAAAUGAAGAAUGUAAACGUCUAAUAUUGGAUUUCGAUAAGCAAACUAAAGAAGUAUUGGUCGAAGUGGAUAAACAUUUUGUCGAAAUUCUGAAACCACAUCAAAUCGAAGGCAUUAUGUUUAUGUUCAAUUCAACUAUCGAAUCGGUUGAACGUCUAAAAAAACAUGGGCAUGAAUCUGGUUGUAUAUUGGCACAUUCGAUGGGUUUGGGCAAAACAUUACAAGUGAUUGCUUUUCUACAUACCAUCAUGAAAAAUGUCUAUACCCGUGAUAUUAUCAAGCAUGUACUCAUAAUUGUACCAUUGAAUGUAGCAAGAAAUUGGAGAAUGGAAUUCGAUAAAUGGCUUGAAUUUGAUAAUUGUAUAGCAACAUAUGAAACAACAUCAACAAAAAAUCUUUAUGAACGUAUUAAAAUAUUACAAAGAUGGCGAAAAAAUGGAGGUGUUUUGAUUAUGACAAUCAAUUUGUUUUCUCAGAUGAUAACUGGAAAAAGAUUCUCUAGAAGAGAAAAAGCUAAUGAUGUGCCUGUUAUUCGUGAAUGCUUAUUAAAUCCUGGUCCGGAUAUUGUCAUAGUCGAUGAAGGACAUCUUCUUAAAAAUGAUAAAACAAUAUUCAAUUGUACCAUUUCACAAAUACGCACAUUACGACGUAUUAUUCUCACCGGUACACCUUUACAGAAUAAUCUAUCCGAAUAUUUUAUUAUGGUCGAUUUUGUCAAACCAAAUCUUCUUGGCACAAAACGGGAAUUCAAAAAUCGUUUUGAAAAUCCAAUCAGUAAUGGUCAACAUGUUGAUUCGACUGAUGCCGAUGUUCAUUACAUGAAACGACGUGUUCAUGUAUUACAUCAAAAACUUAAAGAUGCCAUCAAUCGGCAUGAUUAUUCUGUUCUGGUACCAUAUCUGAAACCUAAAUAUGAAUUUGUUCUCACAAUAAAGUUGACAACAAUCCAGAUCGAACUUUAUAAGAAUUAUCUGGAUAAUUUUGCUUCUGCUACAAGUGGUAAAAAUCUUCUCAACGAUUUUACGGUUCUACGAUACAUAUGGAAUCAUCCGGCUACAUUGGUUGAUCAAUGUCGACAAAAAAUGGAAAAAGAAGGUGAUUCAUUGAAGAAUUUUAUUGUGUCCGAUGAUGAGGAUGAUGAUUUGGUUGCGAAUAUUAAAAUAGAAUCGAAUGGUGUAGAAGAUAAUAACGAUAAAAACUAUGAUAAUGAAUCAGAUAUCGAAUGUGUAUUUGAUAACUUAGAAGAAUUACAUAAAGAAAAACGAUUAUUAAGAAGUAAAGGACAAGCACCUGAUAUUCCAACAAAUCAUGAAAAUCUUAACGGAUUGAUUGAUGAUGGUGCUAGUGCUCAGAGAUCGAUGUGGUGGAAAAAUAUACUGAAAGAUUAUGGCAAUGAUGAUAUUUAUCGUAUCGAGUUAAGUUCAAAAUUUAUUUUAUUAUUCUCCAUCAUGGAAGAAUGCGAAAAAGUUGGCGAUAAGCUUUUGGUAUUCUCGCAAAGUUUGCAUAAUCUAGAUCUGAUCGAAAAAAUACUCUAUGAAAAGAAUUUAGAAACAAAUGAAAAAUUUGGUGAAAAUAUCGGCUAUAAUGAAUUGGUAGAGAAAACUGGUGGUGUAAGUAAUCGUUGGAUUCGUGAUAUUGAUUAUUUUCGCAUUGAUGGAAAAGUUAGUUGUGACAGUCGAACGAAUAUCAUCAAUAAUUUCAAUGAUAUAGAUGAUCAUCGUUCACGAUUAAUGCUCAUAUCUACAAAAGCCGGCAGUCUUGGUAUUAAUCUAAUUGGUGCAAAUCGAUGCAUUAUUUUCGAUGUAUCUUGGAAUCCAACACAUGACCUGCAAGCUAUCUAUCGUAUUUUUCGUUAUGGCCAAGAAAAACCUGUAUAUAUCUAUCGUUUCAUAUCGUAUGGUACUAUGGAACAGAAAAUUUAUGAUCGUCAAAUCAUGAAACAAUCAAUGGCAUUACGUGUGAUUGAUGAACAUCAAAUUGCACGUUAUUUUAAACAAUCAGAAUUAUGCGAAUUGUAUACUUUUAUACCUGAACCACCGGAAUCAGCUUAUAGAGUACCUCCAGUUGAAGUUGGAAAAAGUGAUCUCUUAAUUUGUGAUCUUUAUAGAAAACACAAAGAUCUCAUCGUAUCGUUUCAUCAACAUGAUUCAUUACUAGAAAAUCGACCCGAAGAAAAUCUAACUGAAGAAGAACGUCGUGCAGCUUGGGAUGAAUUUGAAUCGGAAAUUGUGCCGAAAAAUAUUAUCCCAACGAAUGCACUCAAUCCAUUAAUGAUGAAUGGCCUUUCGCAACAAAACGUCCAAAUGACAUCAUUAUUACAGCAUCGAUUUAAUCAAUCCAUGCUAACUGGUGCAAUCAUACCGACAAAUGAUUUUUAUUCACGACUGAAUGAAGAAACAUUUCGAUAUUAUAAUAACCAAUAUGCACAAUCACAACUUCCAUUACAACGUCAAGAAUAUAUCGCCCCAUCUUCAAACAAUCAUCAAUUCUUGUUAAAACCAAUUACUGAUCAAACGUUGAAACAAUAUUUUGAUCAAGUAACUAACUGGAUGAAACAGAAUCCAAUCACCGAUCAUCUGCGAUAUCGUAAUGCAACAAUGGAAACACUUCGAAUUGAAUUUCAAAAAGAAUUUUUCAGUCAGAUCAGCACGAGAGAAGAAUUUUCUAUAAAAUUCUUAUUGUAUGUAAAUAAUAUUUAUCUUUUCUUGCGUCAUAAACGUCGUUCACUGGAAAUCGAUCAUGAAGUCAUUAAGAAUUUAGCUCGCAUCAAAGAAUCGGUGAUCAAAAAUCGUAAGUUGGAACAAAUCGAAUCUCGAUUAAAUCAUAUUAUAUUUCAAACCGGACAAUCAAUUCGAGCUACAACAAAUCAACCGCCACCACAGCAACAAUCAUUAGUUCGAAAACCUGUUCAAAAUUCAGACAUUGAAUGUAUAAAUCUGGAUUCCGAUUGAUAUGUUCAAUCACAGUAUUAUCAUUAAACAUUUUUUAUCUUUAUGAAUAUGAGCAAAAUAAAAAAAUAGAAAUAUU